GGCGGUGGAGGUCUGCGCUGCAGUGGUACAUUCGCAAUAAAAUGGGUGUGGUUGAAUCGCGCAUAUGUGAUGCUACGUGUUUCUGGUGCAGACCGAAUGAUUUCAUGCGGGACUGAAUUGAUAGCAGAGCGAUCGCACAUUAUUUGAAUUAUUUAGAAAACAACUGUACUGUUGUUUAUGUUGAAUUCACCCCGCCUCCUAUUCUGGCACUGUCACAUUUAAACUGAUGGACGGGUAUGCUCCUCCGGAGAGAUAACCAAGCCGAUUUUGGUUACUUUAUUUUAUUUUUUUUAAAGGGCCACGGGGUGCCUCGCGUUGUAUUGAAUCGGUCAUUUCUUGGACGAGGAGCGACGGUCAAAACGAAGAGACCAGAACAAGAAGACGGAGGAAGAAGACACUCGGGAGAGAAGAGGCGAGGAUCAAGCACGCAAUUUAAAGACAACGACGGCAUGUACUUCAUUUGAAAGCUUAACUGUAUUUGGAAUUAUUACAUCUGUCGGUAAUUAUAUAAUUUAAGGCGCAAAAUACGUUUGUUCCCCCCAGUAGCAACGUGUAUCAGGAAUACCGUGGAAAAGGCUUCUUGCCAUUCUCACUAAACGAUCAGAGGUCGACAUGGUAGCUCUAUACUUCAUGAUAACAUCGUUUUGAUUCGUUUCGCACAUGAAACGCAGAGCCACCGAGGCCUACUAGCACUAGGAAAAAAACGACAGUAUGCAGUUCUAAUCAUUUUCCAGAAGAAAAAAAAAAAUCCCUGCGAAUUACUUCCGCCACCCACUUCAGCAUUCCUCUCACUUUACGUUGAGACUAAAGCCAAACAGGAAGAUUAACAGGUGUCUGAGGGGGUGAGAGAGGUCAGCGGGUAAAGGUUAAAGGUCAUUUCAAGAUGAGUGAGCUCGAGCAGCUUCGACAGGAGGCUGAGCAACUGCGCAAUCAGAUCAGAGAUGCCAGGAAAGCAUGUGGAGACUCCACACUCACUCAGAUAACAGCAGGCCUAGACCCGGUGGGGAGGAUACAGAUGAGGACGAGGCGCACACUGCGUGGGCAUUUGGCUAAAAUCUACGCCAUGCACUGGGGCUCAGACUCCAGGUUUCUUGUUAGUGCCUCACAGGAUGGAAAACUCAUCAUCUGGGACAGCUACACUACAAACAAGAUGCAUGCCAUCCCCUUACGGUCAUCAUGGGUGAUGACCUGUGCUUAUGCCCCAUCUGGAAACUUUGUGGCCUGUGGUGGACUGGACAACAUUUGCUCCAUUUACAGCUUAAAGACUAGAGAGGGCAAUGUUAGAGUCAGCCGAGAGCUGCCUGGACACACAGGUUACCUUUCCUGUUGCCGUUUCAUAGAUGACAAUCAAAUUAUCACCAGUUCAGGAGACACAACCUGUGCUCUAUGGGACGUGGAGACCGGUCAGCAGACCACGCUGUUCUCAGGUCACAGUGGAGAUGUGAUGAGUCUGUCAUUAGCUCCAGACUCACGGACCUUCAUCUCUGGGGCCUGUGAUGCCUCAAUUAAGCUCUGGGACAUCAGAGACAGCAUGUGCAGACAGACGUUCACCGGGCACGAGUCAGACAUCAACGCUGUCUGUUUCUUCCCCAGCGGCAGUGCGUUUGCAACUGGUUCUGAUGACGCCACCUGCAGGCUGUUUGAUCUGCGUGCAGAUCAGGAGCUGUGUUUAUACUCUCAUGAUAAUAUCAUCUGUGGCAUCACCUCUGUGGCCUUCUCCCGCUCUGGCCGUCUGCUGCUCGCCGGCUACGAUGACUUUAACUGCAACAUCUGGGACGCCAUGAAGGGAGACCGAGCAGGAGUGCUGGCUGGCCAUGACAAUCGCGUGAGCUGUCUUGGGGUCACAGAUGAUGGCAUGGCUGUGUGUACAGGUUCCUGGGAUAGCUUCCUGAAGAUCUGGAACUGACCACACACAGCUCAUAUAUUGUACACAUUAUUCACUCAUCAUUCACAAUGUAUGUACUUUACUGUACAUAUGAUGUACACAUGCCUACACAGACACACAUGCCUGACAAAAACUGUACAUAAUAUAUAUAAUUAGUUAUACGUUUACACCUAAUCAUUUCAGUGCCACAUCAUUCUAUAUACAGUCACACUAUAGGUAGGUUUGGACCACAAGUUUGAAAUAGGAAUGUUCACACACACACACACACACACACUUUUUUCCCUUACUUAAGGUUUGCUGGAACUACAUGGUACCUUCACUAAGAGACACAAGUACAUUUGGAGAAAUGUGCGUUGAGUGAGUUGUCUAAUUUGAGCGUACAAUCCAAAACAUUUAUUUGACACACUUCAUUUUUAGACUGAGCUCUAAGUGGUGGGUGUUGAUCCAUUGAAGAGCAUUCUUUUUUAUUUUGACUUCCAUUCUGUCUUCUAUACUCAAAGUCUAAAGUACUGAUGUUUCCACGAGCAUGUAGAGUUGAAAAGAUGAAGGAGAUGUACCCAACCCAUCUGUAGUUGAUACAGAUCACACUUUAUGUAGCCCAUGUUUUUAUAGAUGCGUAUGCCGGCAUAUUCCAGUAUAUAAGUAAUUAAAUGAUGUUUUUGUCUUUCAUUUUUGUUUAGAAUUUACAUUUUUAAAAAGCUUUUAUUCAUGUUUUCCUGUGUGCCGCACCCUAAGGAGAAUAAAGAAAACUGAAAAUAAAUAAA